AUGCUCAAAAACAAGGGAGACUUCUGGAAGUUCAGUCUCAAGAAAGACCUCAAGCUGAAAAAGAGCUGCAUCACCAAGGCCGACAUUAACAAGAUCGUCGUACACAACGGAGGCAACGACGGAUGGAAGAUUGAGUCCAUCUUCACCAUCCUGCGUUCUGGGUGGUAUUACACUGUCGUGACGGCCAAUGUCGGACUCAACAAAUUCGUUGAUGGGAAUCCAAAGGGGAAGAUCUCCUUCCACCAAAUCUCACUCACCAAGACAUACAACUCCUGA